AUGAUCCUCCCCGCGGAAAUCAGGCUAACGGAACUUGCGGAAGACCAACAAGCUGAGCCAAGACUAAUACAGUUCUGCGUGUUAUCAAAGUCCUCCUUGAUUAUCAGGAAGAUCAUCUGGGGCGUAAAUAAAUCCGCCGUGUAUUGCGACCUGCCGGGCUAUACCCUACGUCCGCCUGUCAAAGUAACCCGUCACAUUGUAUUAAAACCAGCCCAAAUUUUGGCUCCCGAAUCAAGAUUCAGGCAUAUCCAUAUGGACAUUGUCGGUCCACUACCCGAGUGCGAGGGUUAUAAAUACAUACUUACGGUAAUUGACCGUUUUUCGCGAUGGACAGAAGCCAUUCCGCUUCGUAAUAUCGAAGCGACAGCCGUGUGGAGAGCGCUUUUCGACGGCUGGGUGGCUAGGUUCGGUUCACCGGAAACCCUCACUACCGACCAGGGUCGGAAAACUACCCCGUACCACCCCGCCUCAAACGGAAUGAUAGAACGGUUUCACAGCGCGCUCAAAGCGGCAAUAGUGUGCCAGACUCACUGCGAAUGGACGCGACUGUUAUCAAACGUCAUUCUCGGGCUCAGAACCAGUGUUCUGGACUGUGGGUCGUCCCCAGCGGAAUACCUGCAUGGAAUGACCCUUAGAAUACUGGGCGAAUUUGUCUUACCCGACGACCGCACCUCCGAUCUGCAGGUUUAUUUAAACGAAUUUCGCGCACACAUGAGAAACCUCAAACCGAUUCCCGUCGAUCAUAGAGCCAAGAGAGAAUGCUUCGUGUCAAAAUCAUUAAUAAUUUGUUUACACGUGUUCCUACGCGUGCGAGCGGCGAGGAAGUGCCAAUAUUCAGGACCUCAUCGGGUCAUCAGGCGAAUCGGUGACCGCGUGAUUGAAAUUGAUAUCGAUCGGUCUGCCAAGCGGGUCUCCUUAGAAAGUGUAAAACCAGCGUUCGGUCUAUUCGAUGACUCUGCACUAAAAACGUCGGAAGCGGAACUCUCGACCUUUGUACCAAAACCAAUUAUAAUUACGACUUAUGCAAAGAAAUCGACGGAGAACCUGCUCCUUUAG